CCAAAGAUUUUUUUCUGGUUCGGCUUUCAGUGUCGGUGGCUACUUCCGUUUCUGGAAGACAGGCGGAACAUCAACAUUCACAGACAGAAUCAGUAAAUAACACUAUUUUAUCAAAAUUGUGGUGUGAGGAUGUCGGGACAGAAGCGUAUGUGUGACUCCAACAUCUCCUCUUCAUCCUCCAGUGCGCCCCCCGAGAAACGGAGGGAGCGAGAGGGAGGAGAGGAUGGGGGUCCAGGGGUCAGCUCUACUGCAGGAGGGAGCACUGCUGUGGAAACAGUCAUCAAACUCGGGGGGGUUUCAAACUCGGAAGAACAGGAUGUCAAAGCUCUCCAGGUGAAGAAUAGGAAGUUGGGAGAAUCCCUCGAUCAGAGACAGGUGAUUGAGGAUGAGCUGAGAGAGAGAAUCGAGAGACUGGAGACUCGUCAAGCUACUGAUGACGCAAGCCUACUGAUCCUGAACAGAUACUGGAAUCAGUUUGACGACAAUGUGUGCCUGAUUGGAAGGCGCUACGAUGAGUCAGGGAGCGAGUCUGUGGAAACCCCGGCUGGAGAGGGGCGGAGCCUCAAGCCUGACACCCCAGAACCCGACGGCGACUCCAACCAGGAGAGAGCCAAAGACCGAGGCCACCAGGGGGAGACGACCACAUCUUUCCUGGCGACGCUGGCCAGCAGCAGCAGUGAGGAGAUGGAGGCAGAGCUGCAAGAGAGGGUGGAGUCCAGCCAGAAGCAGGCCAACCGCGUGGUGGAGAUCUACGACAGCCUGAAGACCACCGUGGAGCAGCUAAAGAAGGACCAGGACUCUGGAGCAGAGGGCUCCGUGUGGCAGGUCGCCGCCCAGCUCAACACCCUCCUCUCCAGUGAGAAUGACCGGCUGCGUCAGCUGACUGAGGACCUUCAGCAGAAGCACAGUCACAUGACUAGCGAGUCUCGUUCUCUGGGCAGGGCAGUGGCGAGGGCAGACACGCGGGUCAGUGAGCUGCAGGGCCUCAUCGAGGAGCUCCAGUGGGACAUGGAGAAGAUCCGACGCAGAGAGAACCGCCUCAACACACACCUGGGAGAAAUCCUGGAGAGGGUAAACAGUAAAGGCUACAAGGUGUGUGGGGAGGCCAGCAGUGUGUGUGGAACCAUUACCAUCAACAAGAGAAAGUUUGAGGAGAUGAACAGUGAGUUGGAGGAGAACAGGGAGCUGGCGGAGAACCGUCUGAGCGAGCUGCAGCGGCGGCAGCAGGACCUGCAGACGUUUAACCAGGAGAACAACAACAUGAAGGUGAGCCUGCAGAGCCUGACCCAGGGCCUGGGCCGCCAGAAUCCUAUGGCUCUCUCCCCCAACCCAGCCAUUGGAUUAGCUGAGGUCCCACGUCCUUAUUCAGCCAUCCAAACCAGUCAAAUGAAGGUGGAGUUGUUGAGUCGUGCUGAGGGGGUGGUGAGGGAGAGCUCAGAGUACCGCUGUCUCCAGUCCCAAUUCUCUGUCCUCUACAACGAGUCUGUGGGCCUCAAGUCUCAGCUGGACGAGACGCGCACACGCCUCAACACCACCAGGACGGCACGCCUCCGACAGCUAGAACACAUGGAGAAUGACGAAGUGUCUCUCCAGAGGAAGGUGCGUACUGAGGUGUUCCAGCUAGAGGACACUCUGGCCCAGGUCAGGAAGGAGUAUGAGAUGCUCCGGAUCGAAUUUGAACAGACCCUCGCUGCCAACGAACAAGCAGGUCCUAUCAACAGGGAGAUGCGUCACCUGAUCAGUACCCUGCAGACACACAACCAGCAUAUGAAGGGAGAGGUUGUGAAAUACAAACUGACACUCAGAGAGGCACAGACUGACCUCAGCCAGGCUCGUACUACGAAGGGCAGUGCUAUCCUUCAAUCACAAUCCAGUACGGAGCUGGACCUGAAGGAAGAGACCACCUCCCCCCUGACGCCCGCUGCCUCUGCUGAUGUCACCAUCAAGAUGGAGUCUGACAAUGGUUCAGCCACGCCCACCAGCACUAGUACCUCAGUGAAGACAGAGCCUGGGACAGAAACAGAGGGAGAAAUCAAAGAGGAGGAGAAAGAAAAAGAGGUGAAGAAAGAGAAGGAAAAGGAACGAGAGAGGGAGAGAGAGAGGCCAACCCGUGGAGGGGGUGGGACCGAGGAGAAGGAGAAGGCUGGGACCAGCAACCAAUUGGAAGAGGUUGCUCCGGAGCGCACGUUUGUGAUUGGAGGACCGAAGAGGAAGGAGGUGGAGCAACUGAAAAUUGUCCGGGCAGAGCUAAAGAAAGCCCAGGAGUCUCAGAGGGAGAUGAAGCUACUGCUGGAUAUGUACCGCUCCGCGCCCAAAGAGCAGAGGGACAAAGUCCAGCUCAUGGCCGCUGAGAAGAAGGCCAAGUCAGAGGCAGAGGAGCUGAAGCAGCGUCUAAGGGAUCUGGAGGAGAGGGAGAGGAGGGAGGGGAAGAAGAUGGCUGAUGAGGAGGCACUCCGGAAGAUCUGCUCUGUCGAGGAACAAAUCAACAUCCUCAACAAGAAGCUCUCCCUGGCCAAGCAGGAGGAGGAUGCGUUGCUGAGUGAGAUGGACGUGACGGGCCAGGCCUUUGAGGACAUGCAGGAGCAGAACAUCCGGCUGAUGCAGCAGCUCAGGGAGAAGGACGACGCCAACUUCAAGCUGAUGUCGGAACGCAUCAAGUCCAACCAGAUCCACAAGCUGCUCAAGGAAGAGAAGGAGGAGCUCGCCGACCAGCUGCUCACGCUCAAAACGCAGGUGGAUGCCCAGCUGCAGGUGGUGAGGAAGCUGGAGGAGAAGGAGCGCCUCCUCCAGGGCACCAUCGGUACUGCAGAGAGAGAGCUGGCUCUGAGGACACAAGCUCUGGACAUGAACAAACGCAAGACCCAGGAGUCAACGGUGCUGUCGGAGGAGGUGCGUAGUCAGCUGGACCAGGUGCAGCAGAGACUGGGCACCGUCAGGGAGGAGGUCAUUGAGAACAGCAUCUCCAAAGAGAAGCAGUCCUUUAAUGCACGCCGCGCACAGGAGGACAUCUCCAAACUGCGGAGGAAGAUCGAGAAGGCCAAGAAACCCGCAGAGACCGUCCGCAACGGCGAUGACAUCCUCAAUGAGGAAAUCAACGAUUACAAGGCUCGUCUGACCUGCCCGUGCUGUAACUCCCGGGUAAAGGACGCCGUCCUGACCAAGUGUUUCCACGUCUUCUGCUUCGAGUGCGUCAAGACACGCUACGACACGCGCCAGAGGAAGUGCCCCAAGUGCAACGCCGCCUUCGGCGCCAACGACUUCCACCGCAUCUACAUCGAAUAGAGAGGGAGGGGGAGACCUAAAUGCAGGGAGCGUGGGGUAGGAUAGUAGUGCCUGGAGAGGUCAGCAGUGUCCACACAGGCUUUCUCUCCAGCCGAACAAAACGGUCUUUUAUCACCCCUGCUACUAGCGUGUGAGAUGGAAUGAGACUGGACACGUGUGGAAAUCUGUGAAUAUCGGCUGGACAUGUAAUAAAUAUGGACACCUUGCGCUCUGAUUGGCUAGGUGGAAUUUCCGCCAUGUUGCUGGGGGGGGGGGGGGCUGCUUAGGGUUGUUUCUGGACUGGUCCUACAUUACAUUGUCUUAUAGAGAUCAUGAUCAUGGUUAUAUUUGCUGGCUGUGCUCUGCCUGGCUGGCUGGAAGGAAAGCCUUUAGGAGACACUGCCUGUGGUUCAGGGUUACAGUACAUAGGGCCUUGUGUGGGGGAAAAGUGAGGUUUGACUUGAAGGGUUUGACUUGAAGCUUUUCCAUAGUUGACUGUAGCUAUUGGUGUUUAUAAAAAAAAUGUUUAAAUACUAUCGCCCUCUCCCUUCAUAUGGAUGGACUAGAUCAUUACAGACCUUUCACUGAAUUCUAGUCCUGAAGGGCUGCAGUGAUGCACUGAAGACCCUAAUAACCUUUUUAUAAUACUGAUAUUUUCAGCUUCUCUCUCCUCAGUACUCCUACGGCUCCUGCCCCAUGGAACUAUACACCAGAUAACCUUCUGGGGGCCCCUCUGGCUCUAGUUUUAGACUGGUGUGGUGUCUGCCCGUCGGCAUGUCUGCUUACACACGUGUGUGUGUGUGUGUGUGUGUGUGUGUGUGUGUGUGUGUGUGUGUGUGUGUGUGUGUGUGUGUGUGUGUGUGUGUGUGUGUGUGUGGGAGAAAGAAAAACGGACUAACCAAUUGCUUAGAUGGUUAGAAAAUCAACGGUGAGUCCCUUGAUCAGCAUGCUCCCUUGUGUGACCAGUCAAUGUUUUCCUUGCAUUUGUAUGCAUGUAUUUUAUUUUAUUUGAAAGCUGCCUCUUCAGGGACACACUGACGGGCUACAAAUACCAUGAAUUGAUGCUAAUGUGUAAUGUUGCUGCUCCACAAGUUAUUAAACUCCCAUCAAAACGAGA